AUGAAAAUCAAACAAGUUUUUGAAAACAAUCGACAAUGGUUAAACAAAAAACUUGAACUUGAUUCCAAUUACUUUAAAAAACUUUCUCAAGGUCAAAGCCCCAAACUUCUUUAUAUUGGUUGUGCGGACAGUCGGGUAUCUUGUGAGGAAAUCAUGGGACUUUCUCCAGGUGAGGUUUUUGUUCAUCGCAACAUUGCUAACCUUGUUCCCAGCAAUGAUUUAAGCUCCAUGUCGGUGAUUCAAUACGCCGUAGAGCAUUUAAAGGUAAAACAUCUCAUCGUGUGUGGGCAUUAUGAAUGUGGUGGGGUUAAGGCAGCACUGGAACCACAACAUUUUGGGUUGCUCAAUCCAUGGUUAAGAAAUAUUCGGGAUGUUUAUCGUACUCACCAAGAAGAACUUGACUUGAUCCAAAAUCAAAAUGAACGACAUUGUCGUUUAGUGGAACUUAAUGUUCGAGAACAGUGUAUCAAUGUGCUUAAGGAAACAGUGGUGCAAGAAGCCAUUCGCCAACGAACUUUAAAUAUUCAUGGUUGGGUUUUUGAUGUUCAUACAGGUAAGCUCAUUGAUUUAAAAAUUGACUUCAAAGCCCUUUUAAAAAACAUCACCAACAUUUAUCGGUUGGAUGGUUAG